AUGGAGGAGGAUUCUCGGUUCGAUCGCGAGCUGGCCCCUCUGCAAGGGCUCGCGCUAGUGGUAUUCGCCUCGUCCGCAGUGUUUGGCACGAUAUCCAUCGUGGUGGUGUGUUUGAGGGUCUAUGUCCGAUGGCAUGAAGGGUCCAUCUGGUGGGACGACGGGCUGAUGUUCGGGUCUAUGCUCCUAUAUGUUGCCGACGUGGGCAUCGCUUGCGCAAGCACCUUCUACGGCGUCGGAACGAGGGACGAGCACACCCAUGAGCUAUUACGGUUGGAGGGAAACAAGCUGCUGAUGAUGUGGACCAUCCUCUACUCAGCCUGCCUCGCCUCAGUCAAAAGUUCUAUUUGCAUGACCCUGUUGCGGCUCUCUAGGACGAUGCGGACCCUGCGUCUCGCCAUCUACGUCUUGAUGGGGCUGAGUAUCGCGACAUUCGUCGCCGUCUUCAUAUGCAGCCUGACCCUUUGCCGGCCCAUCGAGGCUUCUUGGGACAUACGCAUGCUCAGGAACGGUACCGGAACCUGCGCGCCCCCGAUAUCCGUCCAGGGCAUCGUCUACACGACCGCGGCCACGGCUCUGAUAACGGACGCGGCCUGCGCCGCUAUCCCCGCCAUCAUCCUGUGGAAAAUUCAGAUCGACCUUCGGACGAAGAUACUGGCUAGUGUCCUCCUUUCGUUUGGCUCUUGCGCCUCAAUAUGCACAGUAAUCCGUACGCCGUACACUCGGUACUACGCACAGAUCGAGGACCACCUCUACUGGACCGCGCACGUCAUGAUGUGGUCCAACAUCGAGACGGCGGUCGGGCUCAUCGCGGGCUCGCUGCCGGUGCUGCAGCGGCUGAUCAUGCAGCGGCGGGCGGCGGCCGCGGGAGCCACGGACGAGGACGGCGCGGCGGCCAGCGGCCCGGCCCCCGGCGGCGGCGGCGAGAGCAACGGCCGCGACGGCCUCGUCACCUUCGGCAGCCUGCCCUCCGGCAACCCGGGCGCGGGCGGCCGGGGCGCCGAGCGCGCCCGCCGCCACCAGCCGCGGCUGCCGACGGCGAGCAGCGAGGCGCUGCGCGCCAGCGUGUGGAGCGCGGCGUCGGCGCGCGCGAGCCGCGGCUGCGAGGGGUGGGAGGAGGACGACGACGACGAGAGCGAGGAGCGGGAGGAGGCGGAGGAGCAGGGGGGAGAGGGCUUCGGGGCCGCGAGCGGCGCCGAUCACACGUACGAGGUUGAGCUCUCGGAGGGCGCGGUGCGGUGGUAUGGCGAGGCGGGAGUGUAA